AUGUCCUCUGCAGAGUUCCCUGACAUUCUUGCAGUGUCAGAUUUAUAUGUGGAAACUACCGUACAGGCUAGGGAGGUAAUCUUUCACGACGUCGUCAUUCAUUUUCUAGAGGCCGCCUCUCCCCGGGUUUUCUCCCCCAGAUGCCCAGGCGCCCCAGCCCGCUGCCCACGGGGACCCGCGCGCGCGCCGCCUUCCUCGCGCUGGCCACCAGGUGGCGCGCGGCCUCCACCAGCCGCACCCGGAAGGGCGGCCCGAGCUCCGCCGCGACCGGUCCCCUCUGAAAGGUGCGCUCUUUUCCUUGACGCUGCUGCUACUCUGGGUCGCCGUCCAAACGUUGUAAACGGUCCCCGGCUCCCAGUGACCCUGUCGGUGCUCGAAAGGGCCCCGCUCUGCCCGCACGGCUUCCCCCGGAAAGCCAGGGAGCCCUCCGGGUGGACGCCCUCGCCCAUCCGAGCCGAGGACGCGCGGGUCACUGCGGGCGGACGCAGGGGACGACCAGGGGCUGGUGUCCCCGCCCCCGCCCCGCCGGCCGCGGAGGGAAGGACGUGGCGGGGGGACAGCGCCCUGACCUCGCGCUUCCCGCUCUCGCCCCGCCGGGCCCAGGCCCGCGCAGGGUGGCCUGUCGUGCGGGGCGCUGGGCCGGCUGACGACAGGUCUGAAGGGCGGCCUGCGUGGGGAUGGCGCGCCCGCCCAGGUGCUACAGCCAGAGCCCGCUUCGCUGGGGUUCCCGUCCGCCUCGGACCAGCCUUCCAGAACCUCCCACGCCUAGGGAAGCGUCUUCCACGUUGUGUUUUGUGAGCAACAUCGAUGGGACAAUGGAGCAUGUGCUGGGGGCUGGAAGCCUGGCCCAUAUGCGGUCCCACCUCCCUGCCUCCCUGGGACAAGGUCUUGCCUCCUGUACCCCUGUCCCCUGCCCUGCCUUGUCCAUCCACCACUACUCUUCUGUCCCCUGCGGGUGCCUGGGUGUGGGGGCAGGCACGGUCACAGUGGGUGAGUGUGCCCUUCAUGCUGAAGUGAGGGACAGGGCUCUGGGAACCUGUGUCUUUAUUUGCCCGAGUAUCCUUGUGCCCAAGACAGCGUACCAUUAAAUAGCAGACUGAAAAAACACCAUGACAGGUUGAGAGAGAGAGAGACUGUGGAAGAAAGGAAAUAUGUUUUUUCAUGCUUUUUGAACUAGCGAUCUUGCAUUUCCACUUUGCACUAGGCCCUGCCGAUUGUGUAGCUUGCCCUUCUCUUUGGCUGACAGGUCUCUGGUAGCUUCUGAGGUUGCUACUUUCGAAGGAUGCUCGCCACUGGACCAAGCUUCCCAGUGUUCAUGCUGUGUGUCAGCCCCUCCCAGACUGGACAUGGGCCAGCCCUGUGCACCCAGCAGAUUGCAGGGGACAUGAAGCUGUGUGACUUCCCAAGUUAGGUCAGAAGAAGCUUUUUAGUUUUCAUUUUGGCUUCUUGGCUUCUCUCUUACAAUCACCAUGGAAGAAAUCUGGACCUCUGUGACAUCACCGUGCUGUGAGGGAGUCCAAGUUCGCCAUGUGAAGAGGCCACACAGAGAGGAAUAAGGGUGGGGCCGGCCCCAGUUUCCCCAGACAUCCCAGCUAAGCACUUGAUUGUGAGUUAAGAAGAUACCUUGGAUGUCCAGCCCAGAAAAGCCUUAAGAUGACCCCAUCCCAACCACCAACCGACAGCCGCUAUGUGAGAGGCCCCAAAGGAGACUGCCCACUGGAGUCCAAGCACCAAGAUUGUGAGAGAAGAAAUUGUUGUCUGGAGCCGCUGAGUUUCAGAGUGGUCUGUUGCAUUGAUAACUGAAGGGGAGGGCAGAGUGAUUCGGAGUUUCUAAGUAUGAUCUUGUGCAUGCAUUGUAGUUAUAAUCCUUGAUAGCUUAUUUGGGUUUUUGUCCCCCUGAAAGUUUUAUAAGAACAAAUCAUUUAUAAUGCUUAAAAUAAACAUAUUCCCAUAUUCAACAAAAGUACCUUUAUU